AUGUACUCCGACAACAGAACUACCUUCGUCGGAGCGGACCGAGCGUUACAACAGGCGUACAAAGCCGCAUUACAGGAUCCGAAUUUCUUGAAUCUGACCGCUUCGGAUAAUGUUACGUGGAAUUUCCUCCCUCCCUCCGCCCCGCAUUUCGGUGGAUUGUGGGAGGCGGGCGUUCGUAGUGUUAAAAUUCAUUUGCGCCGCGUUUUAGGUCCGCAUAUGUUAACGUUCGAGGAAUUCUCCACUUUAUUAUGUAGAAUCGAGGCCUGUUUAAACUCCCGACCGAUCGUGCCUCUCUCCGACACUCUCGACGACUAUGAAUGCCUCACUCCCGGUCAUUUUUUGGUCGGAUCCGCGCUCACUGUUAACCCGGAACCAUUCUUGCUUAAUCUUAAUGAAAAUCGAUUAUCUCGAUGGCAGCUUGUACGCCACAUUACGGAAAGAUUUUGGAAAUUAUGGAGUAACGAUUACGUAAAUACGCUACAACAACGAGCAAAAUGGCGAAAGGAAAAAUCGCAAAUUACUCUCGGACAACUGGUCCUUCUGCGUCAUCCCACGUUACCCCCAUGCAAAUGGGAGCUAAGCCGCAUGACGCAUUGUCACCCCGGGUCAGACGGCUUCACGCGAGUAGUGACGGUAAAGACGGCGACUUCCGAGUAUCGCCGACCAAUAGUCAAACUGUGCGUUCUACCGGUCAAUAGCGAGGCAACGAGCAAUUAA